AUUUCCACCCAUGAUUCAAUGCCGCCAGGUGUUCAUCUUCUCGUUUAAGAUACAAAAAACCAUAAAAUCGAAUCUAUCAGAAGUAGGGUAGGAAAUUGAAUCUUCCACUAGUGCUACAAUGGGGGCUGGGGAAGAGAGCACUCCUACAAAGUCAUCCAAACCGGCAUCUUCAGCAAAUGAAACACCUGUUACACCUUCUACACCUGCAUAUCCCGAUUGGUCUAGCUCUAUGCAGGCUUUUUACGGUGCUGGAGCAACUCCACCUUUCUUUGCUUCAACAGUUCCUUCUCCUAGUCCACAUCCCUACUUUUGGGGAGGCCAGCAUCCUAUGAUGGCACCUUACGGGACGCCAGUUCCAUAUCCAACAUUAUAUCCUCCCGGUGGAAUCUAUGCUCAUCCGCACAUGCCUAUGACUCCAAGUGCUGAACAAGGAACUGCAGAAUUGGACGGUAAAGCAACCGAGGGAAAGGACCGUGCCUCAAGUAAAAAACCCAAGGGUAUUUUGGUAAAUCAUGGCGGAAAGACGGGAGAUAGUGGAAAUGCAGCUUCGGGCUCUGGAAACGAUGUCGGUACACAAAGUGCUGAAAGUGGGAGUGAAGGUUCGUCAGAUGCAAGUGACGAUAACGAUAACCAGGGAUUCUCUGGUGCCAAGAAAGGAAGCUUUGACCAAAUGCUCGCCGAUGGAGCAAACGCGCAGAAUAAUUUCCAGACGUCUGUACCUGGUAAUCCUGUAGUGGGGAUGGAUUUGUGGAAUGCUUCUUCUGCCGGUUCUGGUCCGAUGAAAAUGCGCCAAAAUCCACCUGGCAUGAUGAAUGAUCAGUGGGUCCCGGACGAACGGGAAUUGAAAAAACAGAAGAGGAAGCAAUCAAAUCGGGAAUCUGCUCGGAGAUCUAGAUUACGGAAGCAGGCCGAGUGUGAAGAACUUCAACGCAAGGUAGAAGCAUUAAAUAACGAGAAUCGCACUCUUAGAGACGAGUUGGACAGGCUUUCCAAGGACUGCCAGAAACUCGCAUCCGAGAAUAACUCCAUUAAGGACGAGCUAACCAAGUUGUGUGGGCCCGAAGUCGUGUCUAAAUUAGACAACGGAAAUUCUGCUCCGCAUCUGCAGUCUUAAGUCUCGUGCGGAUGAAGGUAAUUGUUAGAACAUUCUAGAUCCUUUUGUUUCUUUAGUGUAGUUCGAUUGGGGUGAAAGACCAACUGUUGUGCCUGCUGCUAAUCUAUAUGUACACUACUGUACAACAUUUUUAGUAUUAUUUUAAUACUAAUUAUCCAUGUUAGUCUAACGGUGUCGAAGAUCUUAUAUUUUUUUUGCUUUUUUCGGUUUUGUAGAAAUUUGAUGAUUUAUAAAUUGUCAUGGUUCUCAGUUGUAUUCUUUAUCCUCACUCA